AUGGCGCUCCCGUCUCCCCCUCCGUCCCAGCCUACAACGCCGCAUGGCUUGACGGAUAGGCAAAGCCGGCGCCUAGAAGCCCUGCAACUGCACUUGAACGAGCCUGAACCGGUUCUCAUCUGCCGACCUUGCGGCUACGCCUUGAAGCCGUUCGGGGAGCGGGUUAGCCGUCACCUGGCCGAGAAGCACAACAUAUGCAAGUCCCAGCGCCGCGGGCUAAGCGCCCUGGUGAAGACUCUCGACCUGGGCGAUCCGAACGACGUCGCCCCACGGCCCGAUGGCCUGCCGGCGCACAAAUCCCUGACAGUCACCCGCGGCCAUGCUUGUCGUCACUGUAGCUAUCGGACGGCCAGCGACGACCUGAUCUGCCGCCAUAUUUCGAAGACACACGGCAUCAAGGACUCGCGGAAGGCGGACGGCUGGCAACGUGACCAUAUCUACAGCGGUAUCCUACUCCAGAGCUGGUCGCAGAAUGGUACGCGGGGCUUUUGGAUAGCACAGCCGCGAACGUCGGAGUUGCCGCCACUCGGCAAUGAUAUGGGUGCUCUCGGUGCUGGCGAUCCAUCACCGCAGGCCGCGCCCACCGCCCAACAGCAGGCCCUGCUCGCCGCGGCGCAUCAUGCCGAACGAACUUACCUGGCCAGCAGUCCCUGUGUCACUACCGCCGCUACAGGCCAGGUCGACGUGGCUUUCCAGACAGGCUGGAUGCGUCGCACCGGCUGGGAUCUCAUGUUUGACGGUGCCCGCCGCGACUUGCUCGUUAAGAUGUCGCAGCUGCCGGCUCUUGUUCGGGAUCGCUGGGAGGCCGAGCACGAUAUGCCCCAUGCGAGCUCUCGAGAGGAUGAGGCUAGACUGCAGUCUAUCAUGUCGGCCGUGGAUGGCGUUUUUGACCGUUGCGAGGACACAAUACGCCACACCGAUGUCUCCAUGCGUUGCUGGCUCCGGAGCUCGGAGUCCUACCGCCCUUACAAGGCGCCGUUCGAGCUGGUCGGCCGGCGCUCGUCCACUUAUAAAUACCGCCGAUCGGUAAAACGACUUCUGUGCUUCUGCAUUCGAUUAUGGCGCCUUCCACUGGGAACGCGGCUGUCGCACUGCCAGAGAUCACUCACCAUCGCUCAGUCGCACGCGCUUGAGACGUUCUGGUCGGAUGGCAUCUGGAAUACAUUACGCCGGGAUGACGCCCCCGUUGUCAGCCAUAUCGAUUUCGACGCCGCCCCAGCUGACGAAGAUACAACAGAUGCGGACAGUCAAAGUGUUUUGCGGAUGAGAACAAGAACUCGGGCAAGGAGGAUACCAUGUGCUGAAGCACCUAACCUUUCAGCAGGCCGUACCAAUAGAUGUGGAAUCGUAGAGAGCUCACGUGGAGAUCUCAAGAACAGUAGUGACUGCCAUGAUGUUGAUGAUGGAAGCGCUACCGAGACCAGUGAUGACAGCGAUUACGAAGACCUUCCUAGUGAAGGGUUGGAGUGUUUGCAAGAUCACGACCAUAAGAAGACGUCUGUCAGAACUUAUGCUACAGAGGAUAGGCUAUCAACCGACGUAGCAGCCCAGUCUCUAUCGUUCUCAGAUCGGGGUCUGAGAGGGGAUUACUCCUCUACUGCUCUCGAAGACCUUACGCUGCGUCUGUUGUACUUCCUCAUGACGGAGGAGUUUGAGGAUGGCCAGUCCAAGUCAACCCUGCUGGUCUACUUUAGCGGUGUCCUCGGCCUCACGUCCGACGGGUCCGGGUUCCAGAGCCCUGGGAACUACACGGCAAACCUAUCAGCGUUCAUCUACUGCGCCCGCUUGAUCGUCAUCGAGGUCCUGCUCCCCCGGACCAGCCACGACUACGUUGGGUACCCGGCGAGGCCACGCCACGGACAGCUCGAGAUACUCAACCGGGUCCGCCGAGAGACGAUGUGCCUAGCGUCGCAAGCGCCGCUUGGUGAGUUCUUGAGCCUCCGCGCGUACGGGCGGACAGUGUCCCCCGCCGACGGGCCCAGCUUCCGCUUCAGCUGGAGCGACGACGGCCAGACAAUCUCCUGGGACGACGGGCGGCUAUCCUUGCAGCAGUUCCGGUCGCUCGCGCACGACAUGGUUCAGCACACGGCCUCGGCUGUCGACCGGCUGAUGUAUGGCUUGCACCCGGUCUUUGAUCUGUCCAAGACCAAGGAUCGGAUGGCGAACACAUACCGAGGCUAUUCUUUUGUCUCGGAGCCGGCAAACGGCCUUCAGGAGGCCUACCUGGACCUCUCGCAGCGGGCCUGCCUCUCCACCAUCGACGGCCUCUUGUCCGCGGAAGGCUGGCUAUCGCGCCGGGUGCAACGCUAUAUUGACGACAGCGAGGCGCUGCUAUCCGCCCUGUUCGCUUUGGUUCACCUCACCGGCGGACAGGCUGCGCGGGGUUCCGAGCUGGCAAGCGUCCAAUACCAAAACGGGACGUCGACGCCGCGCGGCGUCUACGUAUAUUCCGGAGCACUCCUCCUUAUCACGAGGCAUCACAAGACCCGCCACACGACGAAUAAUGAAUUCCAGGUGGCGAGAUUCCUCCCGGACGUUGUGGGAAGACUCCUUUACCUCUACCUCGUCUACAUCAGGCCCUUCACAAGCAUGCUUACUAGAGCAUGUCUUUGCGCGCCCGGUACGCCGGGCGCCCCCAUCUUGUUUGCGUCGCCGUCGGGCCCAGACAUGCCAUGGUCAACCGACAGGCUCUCCAAGGAGCUGUUAAGAGCUACCACCCAGUUCACGGGGCAGCCGAUCAAUACCCGGACAUACCGUCAGCUUUCCAUCGCCAUCACCGAACGGCAUGUGAAGCAGAUCCAUUCUCUGUCCAACCAGUAUGACGAUAGGGGCCGUGAUGCCCCGAUCGAGUCGGCGUUCGCCUGGCAGAGCGGCCAUCGUCCUUUCCAGCGGGCGGCCACGUAUGGCCUCGAUGGGGCAUACCCGGACAGCCUCCAGCCGGCCUUGUUGGAGCGAUAUAGAUGGGUCUCUAGGCAGUGGCACGGCUUCCUCAGGCUAGAAGCAUGCGACCGUCCGACUCGGGGGACGACUUGGCAGGUAGAUAGUGCAUCGUCGCAAAGGGAGGCAUCUAGUUCUGUUAUCACAACAUCUCGCACGCCUUCACAGGAUGCUCAGAGCACCACUCGCAAACGACAAGAGUCGCCAACGGCUUUAGUAGCGCCUCCUCCCGAACACCAUCACCCAAACAAGCGUACACGAUUGAACACGACUUCUGAGCCCAGCGAGGCCACUACACUGAGCAUCCACUGCGUGAGUGAUCCCCCAACAGGGCCAGACACCGCGCGUGGAAGCACGGACACCAACAGCGCAGAACCCCAGCAGCGAGACAGCAGAGGCCCAGCCAGUCCCCAGUCAGGGCCAGGGACUGAAGGUGGGAAUAAGGAUACCAGCAGCGCGGAACACCAGCAACAAGACACUAUAGAUCCAUUCGUGUUCAAUGCCGAGUUCUCGGUCGCUCUCUGCAAAACGUGUCGGUACGCAGUCGUUAGCGACGAGGUCAUGACGCAUCUCAAAACCCAACACCGGGGUAUCCGCGUAGUCGAGAGGAAGCGGAUCACAGACCGCAUUCAAUCACUACAUGGCAUCGUGCGCAGCCAGACCGAUUUGCAAUCAUUCCGAUACCCGGGGCCCAACACGCCGCCAAUCGCACAUCUCGCAGUGCCGAAGACGGACGGCAUACGGUGCGCGGAGUGCCAGUACGUGUGCCGGCAGCUACAGACCAUCCAAAGCCAUUGCCGGACCGAGCAUGGAUGGGUGAAUGAUUGGCAGAAGGGUGGUAAUGUCCGGGAGAGGGCCAAGGCAGCCAGGAUCUUGCCAUGGACAACGGGGGUGCCGUGCCAGCGACUCUUCCUAACGCGCGCGGGGUGCCGGUGGUUCGAGGUCGGGCGGGAUGCGGGAGUGGCCGUUGACAGCAGCGAGCCGGCGCAGCAGACGACGAGGCCCAACAUCGAGUACAGCGUGGUGACGGUCGGCGGGCCGGGCCACGACGGCCCACGCCCGUCUCGCCGGCGUCGCAGAGCAGGGCGAGGCGGGGAGGACAGAGGCGAGGAGGGGGACGUCAUAGAGGAGGCGUGCCGUCGGGUCGCGGAGGCGUGGCUCGCCGACGGCCAGCCGGGCAAGGCGAUCAUCUACGCCACGUCGAUCGAGAGGGUGGAGCGCUUGAGCGCCGCGCUGGGGUGCCCGGCAUUCUACAGCGACAUCGACACGGUCCAAGGCAAGGCGGAGCGGCUCGCGGCAUGGCGACGGGGAAGCGGGGCCGCGGGCGGGCUCGUGGUGGCGACGAACGCGCUGGGGCUCGGCAUCGACAUACCGGACGUGCGUCUGGUGAUCCACGCCGACAUGCCGCGGCAGCUCCCGCGGUUCGUGCAGGAAAGCGGGCGUGCGGGACGGGACGGGGCGCCGAGCCGGUCCGUCGUGAUCUGCCGAGGGGCGGCCCCGGGCGGAGGCAGGCAGCGGCACACGGAGGCCCCGCAGGAGUUCACGCGGACCCGGGAGUGCCGGCGGGCGGUGCUGGACCGGGUGAUGGACGGGCGGACGGACCGGUUCGGGUGCGAGGCGGGCGAGGCGCGAUGCGACCGAUGCCAGCAGCGGGCGUUCGCGGAGGACGUGGACGGGGUGCUGGAGCAGGGGGCGGCGGAAGAGGCGGUGCCGGAGGCGUGCGUGCGGGCGUUCGAGGACGGCGAGCGGCGGUCGGCGGCGGCGCGGCGGUCGCUAGAGCGGGAGCGGAUGCGCGAGGCGGAGCAGGGAGAACGGUUCCGGAGACUGCUGGAGACGUGGGGCCAAUGGUGCGUGUACUGCUGGUGCCGGCAGCGGGACCGCAACCACCGGACGGCGGACUGCGGGGCACGCGGGCGGGCGGAGGACUGGACGGAGGUGGAGAAGGGCAUCGCGCUGGCGGAGCGGGAGCUGUUCGGGAAGCGGCGGCUGGAGAACUUUUCGGCGUGCUUCACGUGCGGGCUGCCGCAGGAGAUGUGCGGGUUAUGGAGGAGGGUGGAGGAGGAGGGGGAGCGGUACGAGAAGACGGCGGGCGGGCGGUGCCCAUACGGCGGGCGGCUGCUCGAGAUGUACGGCUGGGGCAUGGUCCGGGCGGGCGCCGGCGGCGUGGAGACGGUGAAGAGGGUGAUGAUGAAGCAGGAAGGACAGUCACUGGCGCCGUCCGAGAAGGACGAGUGGCACACCUGGCUGGGUGGGCUCGUCCGGUGGGACGGCAUGCAGUGUAGCCGGUUGUGUAGAGUAACGUAUCUGUUGUGGGAGGAGGACUUGGGAGAGAUCUUAUACUAG